UUGUAUGUCCUCCUGCCCUUCACACUCGCUUAGAUUGCCAAAGCCGGGGAAAGCCACGCCAUAUCUCGCGAUAACAACGGGAGAUAACGAAAUCCACGGCCCCUCGCAUUGCGACACCCGGAUGCUUGUCCCCAGCAUUCCAAGACAUUACUUCCAUCCAACUCGGCCCCAAUGAAUUCCAAAGCCCAUCGGAGACCGCCCUUGGGCCCGCAUCGCAACUCCAAAACCACCGUGUACCGCAGAAGUCUGAACGUCAGCCACGCUCAUUCUACUAGCACCAGAUCGCUCUCCGGCUCCAGGAAGUCCAUGUCGGUGGAAGCCAGUGAAGACGAGGAAAUGGCUGGUCUUCCGCAAUUCUGCACGACCUGCGAGAAACAGAUUGUCUGCCCGAGCAAUUCCAUCCUCUACUGCUCCGAAGCAUGUCGAAGAAAGGACGCCGUUCGCCCCAUCUCCGCACCAUCAACCAUCCUCCGCACAUCCAGCAUCCCAUCCGCAUCCACAUACUUCGCCCUCCCGGAGCCCGAGAUCAUCCCCCCGCGCUCCCCAACCAUCAUGCGACCCACAUCCUUCUACUUCCAAGACAACCACCCCACAUCCGACUCCACUUCGCCAACCACCACCGACGACGCAGACGAAGUCGGCAGCGACGAUCCCGACUCCCGCGAAGCGUUCACUUCUCUCGACGCAUCCCCUUCGCGUCACCAUCGCCGACAUUCGCCUCACCACCGCUCAUCGAAACCCGACAACCGCAAUUCUAUUCUCACCGAUGGCAUCCCUUCACUCAGUCACACGCCCAGCUCCUCCGUCGGCACCGUCGCCUCACUCGACACCCGGCCCUUACCAUCCAGCGCGAGCCUGGCGAGUAGUGCGAGUGGAAAGACGGCGUUUCGUCGGAGGAGUGUCGAGGAUUGAGGUGGGGGCAGCUUCGUGGUCCGCGGGAGCAGCACUUCAUGCUUCUCCAUUGCAUGUUCGACGUUAUGACUUGUAAUCGCCUGCGUGGGUGAAAGUUUUGUUGC